AUGGACACUGAGCGGGGUUUAUCUGAAGUGCCCGCGCGUCUGAAAGAUGUUCGACAGAAACACAUGGAGACUCUGCGGGAAUAAACUGAAAAACUAAGAGUGAACACGAUCCUGAUGAGAGAGAAGGUGAAGGUUUUCCAGCUGGUCGAUCGAUACGCUGAGCUCACGGUCAUUUCUACUGUUCGAGAUCGGACACUGGUGGAACAUGAGCUGCUGGCAAGAGGCAGAGACCACGAGGAGUGGAGACAGAAACAUCUCUGCAAAGACUUGGAGAAACUCCACAUUGCUAAUCUGUUUCAGAAUCGUUACUCACAUAGUUUUCGGGAAGAAAUGAAAAGAACCUCAGGAUGUUCGGCAGCAGUGGCCGGAGUCCCGGGGAUCGGGAAAACAACAAUGGUACAAAAGAUUGUUUAUGACUGGUCCACAGGGAAAAUAUACGAGCAAUUCCAUUUUGUAUUCGUUUUCAAAUUCCGAGAUUUCAACUCCAUUAACUGCAGAAUAAAUCUGAGGGAAUUGAUUCUGGAUCAAUAUCCUUACUUUGGGAAUGUUCUGAGAGAGGUGUGGAAGAACCCAGAGGGCUUAUUGUUUAUUUUUGAUGGUUUAGAUGAAUUCAAACACAGAAUCGAUUUUGCUGACAGUCGGAGAGACACAGAACCCAAGCACCAGUGCCCAGAUCCCGAGUGGUGGUGUGAAGUGUCGGACAUUGUGUACAGUUUAAUCCAACACAAGCUGCUCCCAGGGUGCUCAGUGCUGGUGACCACCCGCCCUACUGCGUUACAUUUAUUGGAAAAGUCAGAGAUCAGCAUCUGGGCUGAAAUCCUGGGAUUUGUUGGUGAGGAACGGAAGGAAUAUUUCAUCAGAUAUUUUGAUGAUCAGACGGUGGCAGAAGCUGUUUUCAAAUACGUGAAGGAGAACGAGAUCCUAUACACCAUGAGCUACAACCCCUCCUACUGCUGGAUCCUCGCUCUGGCACUGGGCCCCUUUUUCUCACAAAGAGUCAGUGACCCGCAGCGAGUUCCCAAGAACAUCACCCAACUCUAUUCCUACUAUAUCUACAAUAUCCUGAAAAACCACGGCCGUGAAAUUGAGAACCCCCGUGAAGUGUUACUCAGGGUUGGUCAGAUGGCCUUCAGAGGAGUGUCCGAGAAGAAGAUUGUGUUUACGGGUGAAGAUUUGAUCAACUACAAUCUGCAGCCUUCCCAGUUCCUGUCCGGGUUCCUGAUGGAGCUUUUGGAGAGAGAAAAUUCUGCCCGGAGCGUGGUGUACACAUUCCCACACCUCACCAUCCAAGAGUUUGUAGCUGCAGUCGCACAAUUCCUGACUCUACAUCCCGGCGAUAUACUGAAAUUCCUCACUGAAGCCCACAACACGACAGAUGGGCGAUUUCAGGUAUUUCUCCGAUUUGUUGCUGGUCUCUCCUCCCCAAUGACAGCUCGGGGCCUGGAGGAGUUUCUGGGUCCAUUUCUUCAUCAAACAACCUGCCGGGUGAUUGACUGGGUGAAAGAGGAAGUUAAACGCCAGAUUGGAAACGCAAGGAGUGAAGCUGGUAAAAGGAGCCUCCUGAACACAUUGCACUACCUGUUUGAGUCUCAGAAUCGUGGACUGGCUCAGGCUACACUGGGAUCUGUGGAAAAUCUUUCAUUCAGUGAAAUGUCACUGACCCCGAUUGACUGCGCGGUCCUGGCCCAUGUCAUCGGAUUCUGUGAUACAAUAAUAAACCUCGAUCUGGCUGGCAGCCACAUUCAGUGUGAAGGAAUCCAGCGGCUGGGACCCGGGCUGCACAAGUGCCAGGAUUUGAGACUUGGGCGUAAUGAACUGGGAGAUUCUGAUGCGGCACUAAAGAACCCGGAGUGUAAAAUAGAGAAACUGCGGCUGAGCCAUGUCGGUGUCACAGAUUCCGGUGCCAAGGAACUCACUUCCGCACUCAAUACAAACCGAUCACUUACGGAGCUGCUCCUGAGUGAAAAUGACCUGGGAGAUUCAGGAGUGAAACUGGUGUCUGCAGCUCUGAGGAAUCCGGAGUGUAAAAUACAGAAAUUGGGGCUGGAGAAAGUUGGUCUCACAGAUUCUGGUGCCGAAGAUCUCGCCUCCGCUCUCAGUACAAACCCAUCAAUGUCGGAGCUGUACCUUGGUGAUAAUAAGCUGAGAGAUACCGGAGUUAAACUGAUGUCAGUGGGUUUGAGGAACCCGGAGUGUAAUUUACAGAAACUGCGGCUGGAGAGAGUCGGUCUCACACAAUCUGGUGCCAAGGAUCUAGCCUCCGCUCUCAGUACAAACCCAUCACUGACGGAGUUGCAACUGAGUGAUAAUGAACUGGGUGAUUCAGGAGUGAAACUGGUGUCUGCGGCUCUGAGGAACCCGGGGUGUAAAAUACAGAAACUGGUGCUGGACAAUGUCGGUCUCACAGAUUCUGGUAUCGAGGAUCUCGGCUGCGCUCUCAGUACAAAUUUAUCACUGACGGAGCUGGAUCUAGGAUGGAACUCUCUCACAGAUCGAUCUGUCCCCGGUCUCCGCCGCCUCAUACUGACUCUCCCCAGUCUGGUAUGGAUCCGGCUGGGUGGGAAUCAGUUCAGUGAGACCGGGAGGAAGGAACUGAGAUCUCUGCAGGAACCCAGACCCGGACUAAGAGUGUGGACCGCGAACCUGCUUCAGUCUCGUGCUCCGCGAAAAGAGAAGCGAUCCCGCAGCCGCAGUGACGUAAUUCCGCCUCCUGUCCAGCAGAGGCGCUGUUUCCGCCGGUUAUCCGCUUUCGAGACUCCCCACGUGAGAUGGAGAAUUACGCGAGGAUGGCGGGUUUCAUUCUGGGACGCCAUUGAUGACAUUAAGAAAACCCUCGACUUUAUCUUUGAAGUGGUGAGCACCCUGAAGUCUGAUGUCGUGCAAAUCAAUGGGCCUUGUACGGACCACGAAAAGAGGCUGUGGUUCGCCGAGGACCUGACUGCAGCUGAUAAGUUUGCCCGACAGAAGCUGUGGCCGCUGGUGGAGGCGACUAGAAAAGAUGAGAAGCGUGCUUUGUUUGCUGGUACUCGAGCUUUCAUUGAUGGAAAAGAGAUCCGAGCAGAACUGUAA